AUGGUACCUGCACUCGCCAGAAAAGUUUUUGCCAAAAAUAAACUGAAUGACAAUGUUACCAUUAAGAUAAAGUACAUGUGUAGGAAGAAUUUUUCCGGCGUGAAAUUCUUAGAUGGAAAUAGAAAGGCCGAUGAGUCCAUAUACUUUAAGAAGGAAGAUGAAGCCUUACUAAGAAACUUACUCAAGAAUAACCCUGACCUGAACCCAGACUUUAAUUUCACCGACGCUGAGGGUGGGAUUAACAAUUUGUCCAACGAUCUCUGUAUGGUGUUUUCCAAGCAUGGCAUAAAAGGGUUAAACAACAGUGACGCAAUUAGAGACAUCAUUAAAGUGUUUGAGUUGAAUGGAUACAGGAAGGUGCUCGACCAGUGA